AUGGGCGCUGAACGAAUCCGCUGUCUUGUCGAUGGCGUGCCUUUUCCCUGCCAAAGCUCGUUCCAAGUACGAGACGCGACCGACAAGGUCUCUGUUCUCCACGAGGUCGAUUCGCUGUCUGCCGAGCAUGUCGGCGAUGUUGUCAAGUCGAGUCAACGCGCGUUCGAAAAGUGGAGAGCGACCGAUGUGACGGAAAGACGGUCGGUGCUUCUUAAGGUCUUGAAUCAGUACCGAGACCAGAUGGACGCGCUAGUGGAGCUUGAAUGCCGAGAGACGACAACGAGCGUCGGCUUUGCCAACUUCGACGUCAAGGUUCUCGCCCUGCAGUGCUUGGAGGAGACUAUCUGCUGCAUGUCUGCCGCCCUUCGAGGGGAACUGGCCCCCUCGACAGCGAGUGGCAAGCGUCUUACCGUCAAAAGGGAACCGUACGGGAUCGUAUUUUCGAUAGUGCCGUGGAACGCGCCUGUCUGUCUGGCAAUGAGGGGAAUCAUUACUCCUUUGGCGGCAGGAAACGCGGUCAUUCUGAAGACCUCUGAGUACAGUCCAGCCCUCCAAGCGGCGGUGGUUUCGAUCUUCCAUCAAGCAGGGCUGCCCCCAAGCCUAGUCAAUGUGGUCCAUGUGGCUCGUGGGGCCAUGCCUGAAGUGACGAGGACGUUUGUGGAGCACAAACUCGUCCGCAAGGUCAAUUUUACAGGCUCUACUCACGUCGGCCGUAUAGUUUCUCAGCUCUGCGCCAGCAAUGACACCCCGGUCGUGCUAGAACUCGGCGGAAAAGGAUGCGUAGUGGUGCUCAAAGACGCAGAUUUAGCAUUGGCGGCCAACAAUAUUGUCUUUGGCGCCCUGCUGAACCAAGGUCAAAUCUGCAUGGCCACGACUAAUGUCCUAGUCCAUGUCGAAGUGCGAAAAGAACUCGAAGAUCGUAUCCGAGAGAUUGUCGGCAAUCACAGAUUGCUCUUUCGAGCGGACAAUUCUUCAAACUACGAUCUUGGUCAACGAGCGGCAGAGACCGCUCCGAGUCAACAUCGAUUGAGAGGCGUCGUGAGCUCGGAAGCAGCUCGAACAGCAAAGGAGAGUUAUGAAGAAGCGCUUAGCCACCAUGGAGCCUUCGCCUUCGCCGGUGAGGCCGCAUUCGACGUGGAGAACUCGCUAGUCCAGCCCGUCUUUCUUCAUUGCACGGGCGGAGAAGAUCUGUUCAAGAAGGAGCUCUUUGCUCCUAUCGUCGGCACUUUCGCCUUUCGAACUGUCUCGGAAGCUGUUCAGCUCGCAAAUGACUGUGUCAGCGGCCUCUCUACUAGUAUUUUUGGUCAAGAUGAGACGCAAGCCUAUCUUAUGGCAUCGCAAAUUGACAGCGGCGCCGUCCACAUCAACGGAUGUACGGUCCAUGAUGAUCAGAGUGUCCCACACGGUGGCGUCAGGAGCUCCGGAAACGGGCGCUUCAGUGGCUUGCAUGGCAUUCAGGAAUUCACCUACCUCAAGACCAUCACAUACAAUCCCCCUCACUAUUACGAUUUCGAGCUCAUGUGA